ACAGUGAUAAGAAGGUUAAUGGGCCAGGGAGACUUUAUUAAAGGUGAUAGUCCCGUGUUAGCUAUUCAUACAAAAAGAAGCAGAGACACGGAGCAAGAUGGGAGUUUUGCAUCUGUUCCUAUGGAUAAUUGCUGCUUUGUCUGUGGCCCAUUCAUACAGAAGACCCAGGCGUAAUGAUGUGGAAAAGAAAAAACUUCCAAGAGACUGCAGUGAAAUCCCCCGAAACAAGGAAAGUGGAGUCUAUGUAAUUUAUCCUGAGGGAAUACAUCCGUUGGUUGUGAACUGUGAUAUGACUACGUACAGUGGCGGAUGGAUUGUCGUACAGCACAACAGCUUUAACUCUGAGAUUACCUGGGAUGAAUCCUGGACCACUUACAAGUAUGGCUUUGGGAAUGUAGAGAAAGACUAUUGGUUGGGAGUGGAAUAUCUCCACCAUAUUUCCAAACAGAAAGUGUAUCAGGUUCGUUUUGUCAUACACGAUAAUAACAACGAAGAGAAGUAUGCAGACUAUAAUCUGUUUAGUGUUGAGGAUGAGGCUCAUGGCUACACGCUUCGACUUGGCAGCUACAGGGGCACUGCUGGUGAUGCCAUGUCUUCCAUACAAGCAGGAACCACACAUGACAACAUGAAGUUCACUACCAAGGACAAAGAUCAUGACAUUUACAGUGCAAAUUGUGCCACCAGUUAUGGGGGUGCAUGGUGGUAUGCUGCCUGCUUUGCCUCCAAACUUAACAAUAAGAAUGCUAUUCACUGGACUGGGUUAUGUGCUGGGAACUGUAAGGCAUCUGCAAUAUUAAUACGCCCUGCUGACUACUGUAUCUAUCUGGACUGAUAACAACAAGGGGUUCAGGUGUUUUACUGGAAAAUUAUGGACCUCUACUGAAAUCUUGGUACUGCUAUCCUAUACUGGGGCUCAACUACCUGAUUCAAUUGUCAUGCUGCCAAAUAAACAGUUUUUAGGUAAAAGACAAAAUGGUAAAAAUAAAUAAAAAAAGGGAAAAACUGUCCAGUCGCCAACUUGCCUCUAAUGUUUCUGCAUAUAAAUUUUGAGGCCAGCGCACACAGCAAAUUGUGGUACGCACAAAUAAUUUUUUAACACAACAUUUUGCAUUUAUUUUAACCUGAGCACACAGUUUUUAAUAAUGUGCACACAAGUUUAAGAUGUGACAUCUCCUUUUGUGGUUUGAGCUGAAUGGGUUCUAACACUGUGGAAAAUUUUGUAAGCUCUUUUGGGCAGAGCUCUCUUCACCUCUUGUAUCGGUUAUAGAUUGCUUUAUAUGUUACUCUGUAUGUCCAAUGUAUGAAACCCACUUAUUGUACAGCACUUCGGAAUAUGUUGGCGCUUUAGAAAUAAAUGUUAAUAAAAA